ACAAGAAGAGAUGCCCAUAUUUUUAAGGUAAAUUUAAAAGACAGAGUACAAUAACCUAAGUAACAGUUUAGCAGUUAUGAAUAACAUUGCAGGCAGCAUAUUUUCGUUUUACCUGUAGUUGUGCUAAUGGGCAGUAAAGAAGAUAGAAAACAUKGAAUGUAGAAAGGGUCAGAAAGUAGGGUGAACUGGGGCUUUCUAUGGGCRCAGUUCAGAAAGCCAGCUUAGUCAUAGAUCAACCAGUGCAAUUUUUGUUGCAUCUUACAGGAUAUUUUUAUUGCCACUAGAUGUGUUUACUCAUCGUUAUAAUCAAGAUAAUUUGUAUGAAUAGUAUUCACUUAGCUCAUGCAGUUUAAGGUCAUUUUAUGUUGGCAGUAGGGUAAUAAAGGAAGGGUCCUAUGUGGAGACAGGAAUUUUCUGCCAUUGCAUCUGUGCUGUCAUGAUUGCCGAGGGUGUCUGCAGGAUGCUCAUUAGUUGGUGCUCCCACACUUGCUUUGAAGCUUUUUCUCAGAACUUCAGGUAAAUUGGGCUUUGGGUGAUUCUCCAAGAUGUUUGCAAAGGCAACAAAGAMUUUUGUGAGGGAAACUGACGGUGGAGGUGACUUGAUCCCUGUCUCCCACUUGAACGCCUCUGACAAGCUGCAGCUUCUGAGCUUGGUUACCAAGAGGAAGAAAUUUUGGUGCUGGCAGAAGCCCAAGUACCAUUUCUUGACGGUCACACUGAGCGAUGUGCUAACUGAGGACAAACCUAUAAAACCAGUAAUUGUAGAGUCUGACUUUGUGAAAUACGUGGGGAGAUUUGGAGAUUUUGCUCAAGGAAGUAUCGAUACUUCGUUUGGGAAGAUCAGCCUGGGAGUCGGAGGGAAGGGCUACGUGGAAAGCCAGUCUUCCUUUGGAAACCUGAGGAAGCAGGAGAUUGAUCUGCAGCAGCUUAUGAGAGACGUCAAGGGAAGAACAAUAAAUCUAAACAAUAACCUACUGCAACAAGUCAUAGAAAGAAAACACGAAGUGCUCUGCAUCUUGAGAGAAAAGAUAGUAACAACUCAGAAGUGUGUGAUAUCUGAACAUAUCCAGACAGAAGAGAGAAUCAGUGGUGUCGUGGGAUGGAGUACGAAAGUAGUAAAGGUUUCAGUGAGUGAAAAUGGAAGCGUAAUGAAGGAUUCCAGCGUGRUCCUUGAGAUUCCUCCAGGCACUGCUAUUGCCUAUGGUGUCAUUGAGUUGUACAUAAAGCAGAGUGGCCAGUUUGAAUUCUGUCUGCUGGACGAGCAGCAAGGAGGCUUUGAAAGAGAAGGUGCAGAAGGCUCCGCUUCUCCCCGUUCUGCACUGUUUGGGGAGGCUUCUCCCCUCUAUCAACCAGAUGCAGUUGAUAAUGAGACAUACUCCGGGGAGGCAAACCACAUUCCCAGUGAGGCUUCCUUAAGCGUCUUGAAACAAGAUCUGUCCCAGCUGAGCACGGAGCUCCAGCCCCUCGCGAAGCUGCCAGAAGACAAGCGAAGAGCUUUGUAUAAAACCCUGUGUGAGCUCUUGCUCCGGGAAGACAUGGUAACUGCCCUGGAAGAUGUGUUAGAUGAUAUCUGCACAGGAGACAGGCCUGAUCUGAAGGAGCUCAAACCUGCAGAGCAACAAGAGCUGGAYGACGUCUUGCAGCUCUUAGGGUGCAGGCUGCAGGAUGAGCCACCGUUGCAGAAGUACCAGCUGGAGCACGAGGGCCUCUUCUCAGCCGCUCACCUCCUCGUCAGCGCCAUCUCGGAGCUGCCCGGCUGCGGCCGCGCGCUGCUCCGUGCCUGCUGCGACCUGCAGGCCCUGCCGCCGCUGCGCCGCUUGCCUGACGUCGCUUCAGCCGACGGCAGCCUGGCCCUGAGCAGCCCGGAGGUGGCUUCCCUCACUCRCAGGGGAAGAUUUGGGGUGGUGCAAAGGCUGUUUGCCUCAUCGAACAUUAGCCUUGAAAUGACCGAGUCUUCUCUGAAAGCUGUAACUAUGAAAGAGCCUGGAUUCUUCCCACUUGUCCUUUACGUCGUGUUGUAUGGAUUUGAUGCUUUAGGGGGGGAUGUAUAGGAGCUUUGCUGAGUAUUCAGCUAUUGGCCAAGCCUGUUCUGUCUUUGGUGGCUCUGCAGCGUAGCACUGGUGAAUGUGAUGUAUGUGAUGCAUGUCUCUAGCUUUAGACACACUCAGCCGAGUGCUCUUGGUGGCCCAUCCGGGUGGGAUGGAGGUCAGCAUGGACCUGGUGAGCCUGACAGGGAGGACUCGGCCCUGCUGUCAGAAGGGGUGUGAGGCCAUGUCAGCAGUGGAGAAUACAUCAAGAAGUAACAAGGGAAUAAAAGAGAAAAGACCAGAAAGGGAACAUAACCGUGCUGAUAGGCGUUGUAUCUGCCGGGCAGCAGCAGCCGGACCGCCUGCAGCGACGGGCACGGGGAAGCGUGCACGGCACAAACGGCUCUGUGUGGAAGGGCAGCGGGCUCGGCGCGCCGCUCCCUGCGAGCGCGUGCGCGAAACAGCCCCCUUAGGGGAGGGGAACGGAGGCUGCGCAGAGCUGCCCCGUUAGCUUUGCCCUUUUGAGURCACAUUGCCUUUAUGGAGAUGAACCCUACACUGCAGAAAUCCAAAGUUCUCUUUCAAAAACUAGAACCACCUUGGGGAUUAUACCUUUGCACAACAUUUCUUGGUUUUCUAAUAACUUUCGCACAGCAAGUUUCAGCUUUUUAAAUUGCGUUUUGAACUUCCCCUUUGAGAUGUGAUGAUUCUUUUUGGUGUGUGCAUAUGAAAUGUCCCUGUUGCACUCCACAAAAGCAAUCAUUUUACCUGCAUGACACUUUCGGUGCAGCUGUUCUGCUUGUCUGUGACUAAUGGCAGAGUGCUAGGCAAGCACUUUGUGCUUUAAACUAUGUCCUUUUUUUUUUUUUUAAUCAUAUUUUUUCUGUGAUCAUGUGAAAUGGGAAGGAAAUGCAGUAAAUAAGAGCAUGGGAAGAUGCUGUCCCGGGUAAGUAGAAUACCAGGGCUCUCAGGCAGGACGGUGAGGUGGUUGGGAGGGCAACCCCUGUGGGGAGGGGGGUCAGUGAGCCCUGCAGCCUGUGUAGGAAUCCUGCGGGAAUGCUGGGUUUGGGUUUCUGCUCCAUUGUCCCCUGGUCUUGAGCAGGUUCCUUAAGAAGCCUUAAAAACCCGUGUCCUGGAGGCCUUCCCUGCCAGAGGGGCCGUUGCAGAACAAAAGCACGAGGUGUUUCUUC